AUGGUUGACAACAUUUGCGCAAAGUUGCAGCCUAUGUCUGGUGAUUUGGCUAAGGGUUUCAAGGUUAUGGCCAUAGACUCAAUCAAACUUCUCUUCGCCCUGAUUGCGGCUGUCAAUGCGGCUUACAGCUUGGCUCCAUACGCCCAGACACGCCAUAACCCUGCCAUACCAGGAUGGCACAGCGACCCCAGUUGUAUCUUUGUCCCUGACAGAGACAAUACCACCUUUUGCGCGUCGUCAACGUUCCUCCUAACGCCCGGAAUCCCAAUUUACGCCAGUAAAGAUCUCACAGCUUGGAGACUAGCCAGCCACGCACUUUCCCGAGAAGCUCAAUACCCGGAGUUCAAUCUAUCCAUUCCCCAGACCGAUGGAAUCUGGGCUCCUACACUCAGAUAUCACAGGGGUGACAACGCUUGGAAUGUCCCCGUUCAGUAUCAAGCCGAGUCCAUUGAUCCAGACCUUUUCUGGGACGACGAUGUGGACGUUACGACUGGUGGCCUAGGGGAACCAAGGCGAAUCUGGAAUGGUAGCACUGGCAACUUCCUUGAGGGCCCCCAACUUUACAAAAAGGAUGGCUUUUACUAUCUCCUGGCAGCUGAGGACGGCUCAGGACUGAAUCACUCCGUUACGAUAGCCCGGUCAAAGAGUCUCUGGGGCCUUUACCAAGGUUACGAGAAGAAUCCUGUCUUGACAAACAGGAAUACCUCGGAGUAUUUCCAGAACAUCGGGCAUGCGGAUCUGUUUCAAGAUGCGAAUGGCCAUUGGUGGUCUUCUGCUUUAACUUGGCGCUCUGGCCCAGAGGGGCAGACAUAUCCCAUGAGCCGGGAAAUGGCCUUGACACCUGUGACCUGGAAACAAGGAGACUGGCCCUCUUUUGCGCCCGUGCGUGGAAUUCAGGAAGGAUGGUAUCUUCCACCCUCAAAAGCUAUUCCUGGUGACGGACCUUUUGUCAAUGAUCCAGAUAUAGUUGUUUUUGAGCCCAACUCUACCCUCCCUCGUAAUUUUGCCUUCUGGCGUUGGCCCAACAAAAAGUCAUAUACCGUCUCCCCCCCUGGGCAUCCUAGGACGCUCAGGCUGACACCAUCAAUGGCAAGCAUUACGUCUGGGUACAACAAUUACACAGCCGGAUAUGACUGUACAGAUUUCACUCUCAUUAUGCGCCGACAGACAGAUACACUGUUUCAGUACAGCGUUGACGUUUCCUUCGCGCCAACGGUAGAAAAUGAGGAAGUUGGGGUAACAGUGUUUCUCAACCAAGUCCAAAACAUCAAUCUUGGUAUCGCAAUACUGCCCGCCAAUUCCACCAACAAAACAGACUCGACGCUGAAGCCUCACUUACGUUUUCUGGUAUCUGGACUUGUGAGCAAUGAGAAGGAUAUACCAAGUCCUUUCGUUACAUCUGUGCCAAGUCCUUGGUCGCAAGAUCCUAUUCGCUUGAUCAUCCGUGCAGAGAAUGAAACCCAUUAUUCAUUCUUCGCUGCUUCAAGCUCUCGCCCAUGGGAUCUUCUGAGAUUAGGGCAGGCUCCUGCGACAAUAGUGAGUGGUGGAGUUGGACCGUUUACGGGCUCUUUGGUAGGGGUUUAUGCGACCACUAAUAAUGGAAAGGGGUCAACCAAGUCAUAUAUCUCCAGAUGGAGAUACUUCGGCCUUGCCCAGGAGAUUGGGAAUGGAGACCUUGUUCACUCUUAG